GUUGGCUACAGGCAUUUCCUCGAAACCUCAGUACUGCAAUUAACCAGGGCCAUGAAUCUCGGCUUAUAACUGAGGAGCGUGUGUCCGGUGAACCACAAUCAAGAGAACAGUCUGGACUUUGUGCACAAGAAUGGUCUGGCAUAUAACUUACAUGGAACUGACAUGAAUGCAAAUGGAAACUUACUGUUUGUAUAGGAAAGAUCGUCUUGACAGCAUCGGUAGCAAGGCUCGACUGCCUAGGAGCGUUCAGGCUGUUUAUUUACGACCAUUGCGAAGACAGGUUGAAUAUGGUCUUCCAGUUUGCGAUCUUCAGUUAAGAUCGUACAGUGUGCGAAAUGUGGAGUUUUUCGCUGACUUUGCUGUGCGUGCCGCCUACUACCUAAAGCUUCCUGUUUCUGGCCCGGUACCGUUACCACGGAUGAUUGAACGCUGGACUGUCCCUCGAAGCAAUUUCGUCCACAAAAAGAGCCAGGAAAACUUUGAACGUAUAACACUUCGUCGUUUGAUCCAAAUAAAAGAUGGUAAUCCCCAAGUUGUGCAAGCAUGGCUUGCUUUCUUGCGCAAGCAUGCAUUCUACGGUGUCGGCAUGAAAGCGAAUGUGUGGGAACAUGAAAGCCUUGCAGAUGUCGUGGAGAACAUGGAUAAGACUGUCCACGGAGUCGAGAAAACCCUGGUUCCUUAUAUCUCCCAGUUUGGUCAGCGCCAGGAUACAAGAAACAACCUCUCCAUUACAGGCAUUCUUGACAACGAGCGGUUCUCUGCAUCUGGAUCUAAGGCUCCCUUGAGUACAGUUCGCAGAGAGUAG